CUUUGCUUUACCGCCGGCUGCACUCUUCCUUUGCUUGUUUGUUCACCAAAUAGCUUCCAAAUUUCUACCCAUCUUGCAACAUCUAAGCUUCUCCCAGUCACAGCCGGUCCCUCUGCUUCAGUUUUUUUUUAUGCUUCCCUAGAUCUACCCAAAACAGCAACCCACUUCUUCCAACUUCCAGAUCUAUUGCCGGCUGCACUCUCCCUUUACUUGUUUGUCCAGAUCUGCCCGGUGGUCCCCUUGGAGACUCUUCUUGCUUCACAGAUCUGCCUGGCUUGGCUCGUGACCGGUGGACCAGUACCGAACAGCCUUCCCUUGCCAAAAUCAUCUCCAUGGCUCAUGACCAAGAAGAGCAAUCCAUGCCCACCGGAUCUGCUUCCAUGGCCGGUUCAAAGGCCACUCCUUGCUUGAGGUCACCUCCCCCAGAUUUAAUUAAAAUCUUUCAAAACCGAAAUCUUCAAGAUGAUAUAAACAGGAUACUCCAAAAACAGAAGCCAUGCCAUUCAAACCAAACUUUUGUUCCUCACAAAAAAUCUCAGAUUUUGGGCCCUUAUUUUGUGUCUCAUCCACCGGCUUCUCUUACCUCCUUUUAUCCACAGCCCAAAGAACACCUUCUCCCUUUUCAGGUAAAACCUGACUGGAAUAAAUGGAUUGGCUCUUUUGGAGCUUGGCCGGUUUGGAGAAAAUCAGAAUGGGUGGACUGGAUUGAUCGUCUGGAACCUGAUUUUGGCCAAAUUUGGAAAGAUGUGGGUUUGUUUGAGUUUAUACAACUCACCAAAUGUAGAUGCAACAUGGACAAGUCGGUCUUGGGUGCAGCUUUGUUAUUUUGGUCUGGCUCUUUCAAUUGUUUUCAUUUUCCCUGUGGAGCCAUGUCUGUGAGCCUUUUUUAUGUCAGUUCAUUAACUGGAUUGCCCUGUACUGGAGAAGAGAUUACUGCAUUGCUAACCUUGCCUCCAGUCUGCUUUGUUGGUAAAGGUCCCACUAAAGAGUUUAUUCCCUUAGCUGCUGCUUUAGCACAUGGUAAACAAAUGGCUCUGGGUCCUUUUUUGCUUGCUCAUUUAUACAAGAGUUGCCAAGAUAUCACGGCUCACCCCUUAGUCAUUAGUGGUGGGCCACUUUGGGUUUUGCAGCUGUGGUUGUAUUCUUAUUUUCCAUCCCUAGCUCCUGUCUCACCCGCUGUUCCAGCUCGGGAUUUACUCACUUACGGCUUCAUGUUCAAGAAUGCCGUGGAGAACGAGAGGAGCUUCGAGGAGUGCCUCAAGUUUUUUGCUUCUUUGUCUGUUGAGCGACCCGAUGCAGACUUUGCAGUGUUUCUUGGCAGAUCUCACGGUCCUUCAUGGUACAAGGUCGAUGUCCAAUCCCCAGAUUUCAAAGCAUUUUGGUCUGUUUGUGUGACCUCCCGAGAUUUGUUUGUUGGCUGUAGUUUGAACACUCUCAACUUCAGAUGUGGCAUGGAGCUUUAUGCACCAAACCAAUUCUGUUGACAGUUAGGGUACUGCCAAGACAUACCAUUCCCACCACUAUUUUCCUUCAACUACAGCUAUCUCCUUCGGUUUAUGAUUGGGGAUUCAAAGAUUUUGGUUACCAAACUUGCUGACAUCACCAAAACUCUGCAGACACUGAUCCUACCAGACCCACCAUUCAGAUCAAGUUGCACUUCUGCUUACAAAAAUUGGUGGCGAGACUACUUUCAUCCUCGAUUUCUUGAUGUUAUGGAGAAUAUUUCUGUUUUGGCUCCUCCACAACUCACCAAAAAAUCUGAAGGGAAGAAAGUAGUAAAAGAGAAUGAGGACCUGGAAUCUACCAUGGCCGCCCAAAUCAGCUAGCCAGAUCUGCCAAGGAGAGCUCCCAAACUUCAAGUCAAAAGGAAAUGUGCUACUCCUGCAGAUUCCACGGAAGAAGAUACCCCCUCCAAGCAGCGAAGAACCGGAGAGAUCAAGAGGUCAGCAGUAAAACCAUCUGCAGCCAAGAAACUUAUCAAAUCUGCCUCUCCCUCGAGGUCCUCUUCUGCCACGGAGACUGAGACGCAACCUGACAAAACAAAAGAUGUUUCCCUCGGUCUUGCUGCCACAAAAGCCCCUGUUGAAGACAUAUCUGUUGAGGGUGAUGAAAGCAAUUCUGGCUCCUCUCACACCAAAUCUGGCGAUGGCUCUUCACCCGUCACAAAGGUUAGGGGUUCUAGAUUCUCUUCACGCAUAGCAAGUAAAAGCUUUAGAACAGUUAGACCGAAUGAACUCAUCGAUCUAAACCCAGACAAAGAGAAUACCCCUACACCCGUAGCCUCUCCUGCUAGGCAUGUUCAU